AUGGAAGUCAAGGCAGCAGAAAUUAUUCGUCAUCUGCAUUCUGAUUGUAAGCUAUAUAACAUUUAUGGAUCUGCUGAAUGUCCAUUAAUUACUACUUACCAUGUCAGUAAUGAUGAACUUUUUUCUUCGAACAAAAUCGAUUCCUUAUCUAUUGGGCAACCAUGCCCCAAUAUAGACUAUGUUAUUAUCGAUAAGAAACAGCACUUAGUUUGUCCUGGUGAAAUCGGCGAACUGUGCAUUAAUAGUCCUGGAUUGUUUGCUGGUUAUUUUGAACGUGAAAAUUUGAUGAAUGAACUGAAAUUUCAAGUCAAUGAUGCUAUAUUUUAUAAAACGGGUGACAUGGUAAGAAUCGAUCAAAACCAUAGCCUUCAUUUUGUGAAACGAUCUAUUUUGGAAUUAAACUUACAUGGAAAAUGUGCUCGAGAGAAAACAGUAGAACGUACAACCCCGAAGACAUUCAACGGCAUCGAUAAGAAAUUGAAUUUACAAUACGCUCCAUCGUGGAAAUCUAUUGCAGAGCUGCCCAUCACUCUUCCUGAGGAAGUACAACAAAUGAAAUUUCAUCGGAUAUCAAAUAUUGUUGAUAGAGCUCCGGCUUCUUCUGCGCAAGCUCGCAUCUGGCUUGACGAACGUAUACGCUUCAAUCCGGAAAACCCAGAAGUUGCCAUUUAUAACAUGUCAUUUCCGUAUCGAAUUGCUCCUGGGAGUAGCAUUCAAAUAAAACAAUUGCGGAAAGCAUUGCAAAUUAUAAUUUUGAAACAUGAAUCACUGCGUACAGCCAUCUUCUUUGAUUCCAAUGAUAAUAUAUUGAUGCAGAAAAUUGUUGAUGCUACGAAUCCAAACAAUCAGCUAUUUGAAUUUGUUGAAAGCCAAUAUACUUCGGAGGAAGAAUUGAAUAGUAUAAUGCAUGACGAACGUGGUAAUCCUAAACACUUUAAUGUUUCCAUCGGUCGCGUGUGCCGAUGUCGUAUCGCUCGUCAUAAAGAAAAUUUUAACGAAGAUUGUCUUCAAGGAGGGGAUCUUUUGGUUUUUACGAUUCAUCAUUCUUUAUUUGACUUUCCAUCUUUGAAGGUGUUCCUUUCUGAUCUCAGUGAAGCGUAUAUCACAAGACGGUUGCCAAGUCAUAAUGAAAUAUCUCUACGCUAUAUAGACUAUUCUCAUAUUGAACGAGAAGAUUCUAUGACUAUGGCUAGUAAGUUCUGGUUAGAUGCUCUCCGAGAUUGUGAAAUCGAUCAACUCUUACCGUUACCAUUUGAUCGACAGCGCACAGCUGAAGAAUUCCAUACCGGGCGUGGUCGAUUGAUCUCGAUUGAUUUCGGAGAAGAGCUAUCACAAUCGUUUCUUACCUACGCAUCUGCAAUAGAUACCACACUAGAAAGAUUGGCUCUCACCAGCUUCUAUAUAUUUCUAUUCAAAUUAACCAAUGGUGUAUCAGAUUUGUGUGUAGCAAUGAAUAUUGAAGCUCGAUACAAAUUAGCAUUGUUUCAAAUAAUUGGAAUGUUUGUUAAUGCGAUUCCUGUACGAUGUAAAAUUAAUCCCCUUUCUCAAAUCACUCAACUUAUUUACACUGUGAAUGCAAUGUUAGAAGAUACUCUUAAACACGCCUAUUUCCCAUUACAGCGUAUUCUUGCUCAACAUCCAUUUUCGUCGAAACCAGCUUUUCUUGAUACAGCGUUCGAGUUUCAAUCGAAUUCUCCUACUAACGCUUAUGGUCAAAAUAGUCAAGAGCUACUGGGUGAUGCAAAUAUGUGUACUGUACCAUUUUCAGUUAACAUCAGCCCGCAUGAAGUUGUUUGUAAGUAUGACUUUUUUCUGAACGUCCGACACUGUCCAGUUACUGAUCAAAUGUCACUAAUUAUUCAUUCAUCUGUCGAUUUGUUCGAGAUGUCUACAAUUGACAAAAUCUCGUCCCGAUUCUUCCUUUUACUCAAACAAAUGCUUCUAAUAAAAGAACCUGGACCAAUCUGCGAAUUAUCGCUAAUACUGCCUGACGAGACAUUUCUCAUCAAAUCAAUAAAUAACACGCAAGUAUCAUUCUCUCCGUUCAUGUGCAUUCAUCAUCAAUUUGCUACUCGGGCCGAUGAGCAACCGCAGAAAGUGGCUGUUAUUUUCGAUGAACAGAGUCUCACUUACAGUGAACUAUUAUACUAUGCUCAUCGACUUUCAAAACGUUUCGAAGAUCGACAAUCCCAAAUCAUUUGUCAAUGUGUACAACGAAGUAUAGAGAUGAUCAUAGGCCAAUUAGCGAUUAUUUUUUGUGGAGCUGCUUACUGCCCUUUGUCAUCAGACAAUUCAUCGCUACGCCUGGCAACACUUGUCAAGGACACGGGAAGUGAACUGGUUCUUGUGCAAACAUCAACUAGAAGUAGUUUCAGUGAAGAAUUUAAUGAAUUUCUACUUGAUAUCACCACCGAAAUUCGUAGCAUGAUUGAUCUCAAUAUGAAUAGUUUACUGGAAGAGGUCAAAAAAUGUGACAGUUCUCUUGAUGAUCGCGUCUGUCUUCUCUUCACUAGUGGUUCCACUGGCACACCUAAAAUGUUGCAAAUUACUCAUCGAAAUUUUGCGGCAUGCAUGGUAUCCUUCGCACAUAUUGACAACUUUCAUGGUAGUGAAGUAGUCAUUCAAACUGCGCGAUGCUCAUUUGAUAUACAUGUCGCACAAAGUUUAGGUACUCUGAUACUCGGUGGCUCGGUUGUUCUAAUUCAUGAAGAAGGCCAAUUAGACCUCGAUUACCUUACCACAACAAUCGAGAGACACGAUGUUACUCAUAUUAUGAUUGUCCCAUCACUCUUGUCAACUCUAUGCGAACAUUUAAUGAUUUCAGAUAACUUCUCCCGCCUCGCGAAGCUUCAAUGGAUUGCUAUUGGUGGUGAGACGAUAUUUCCCAAAACCCUAUCACAGCUGGCUGCUCAUCUGAAUUUCCAGAAAAUUCGUAUUGAAAAUUCGUACGGACCUGCCGAGUGCACGAUAGCUACGUUUUAUCAUCGAAUAACAAUGAAUAAUAUUGAAGAAAAGCGGAUUCCGAUUGGAACACCUUUUCCCAAUACAAUAAUUCAAGUAUUAGAUGAAUUCCACCAACCAGUAAUACCUGGGGCUGAAGGGGAAUUGUUUAUUGCGGGCAUUCAACGAUUUUUGGGCUACUAUCGUCACGAUGAACUGAACAAUCAAGCUCUUUUUAGUUCUUAUUAUUACUCGGGAGAUCUUGUUCGAAUUGAUACAAAUGGACUCCUUUACUAUAUAGGCCGAAAAGAUCAUCAAAUCAAGCUAAAAGGGCAACGCAUUGAGCUUGGCGAAAUCGAACGAUGCUUACUUGGCGUAUCUUCACAAGUGACAGCUUGCAUUGUUGUGAAAUGGAGGGAUAACUAUCUUGUGGCCUAUGUCCAAAGUCAGAGUAUCGGAGAAGAACAACUCCGUCAACAUUGCCAUUUUCACCUUCCACCUUAUAUGGUUCCAUCGAUCAUCAUUAUACUUGAUCAGUUCCCAUUGACUGUUAAUGGGAAAAUAGAUCGCAAGCAACUUCCUUCGCCUGAUUUUUCGUCAACAACUCUAUCCUGCGAAGUCUCGAUGGAUGCACCACGCAAUCAUGUAGAGGAAAAAGUCCAUGCUUUGUGGUGCCAAGUAAUAAAAACUAAUAUCGUUCAUAUUCGUAUUACAGCUAACUUUUUUACUGUUGGAGGUCACUCUCUACUUCUAACAGAGCUCUACUACCGAUAUCAAUCUGCUUUUGGAUUCGAUAGUCAAACAAUUGGUAUCACACCAUUUCUCAGACAAGCAACUAUUGUUGAACAUGCAAAGAUACUUGAAAACAUCAAAGUUAAUUGUUCCGACUCAACAACAUGGUUUCCAUUAAAUAUCAAUGAAGGUAUUGCUUCAUUUGCGCAAGAGCGAAUCUUCCUUGAUGAAUGUAAACGCUUCACAAACCGUGUCGCCGUUUAUAAUAUUGUAUCCGUAUGGUAUGUUGUGUCAGGUGAACUAUCACUGGUACGCCUUCAAGAAUCUAUCCAAUCAUUGCUGAUCAAACAUAAAAUAUUAGACACUUCCUUAUUUUUCAACAGUAGUAAUAGUGAGCUUGUACAGCGCACAAACUUUACACAAGUGCUAUUGAAUAUCGAAAAUCCAAAGACCUUCUUAAAUGACGAAGAACUUCACUCAAUUAUUCGGCGAUCAAGUACUGAUUCUAAUCUUUUCGAUUUAGCUAGUGGUCGUGUAUUUUAUUGUGAACUUCUUCGAAAUCAAUCAUCAGAAAAUAGUAGCAACUCGAUUGCUAGAUUUAUGAGUCCCGGGGAUGCAUUCCUGUUUGCUUUUCAUCAUGCUGCAGUUGAUCGAACCUCCUUGUCAUUCUUCUUUGAUGACCUUUGUGAGAUCUACAACUGCAAUACAUCAGUUUACACCAAUGUGAAUGCAUUUCAGUACUUAGACUAUUCAGUGCACGAACGAACACUUGAUACGAGUUCAUCGCAGCAAUUUUGGCGGUCCCAAAUGAAUGAUUACGAUUGGAAUCGUCACAUCACAUUACCAGCUGAUAGGCACCGUCUAUCGACUGACGAACGAUUGGGAUUAGGCUCUAUUGCAGAAUUUUCAUUUGAUAAUGAGCUUUCGCAACGCCUUCUUGCAUAUUGUUCAUCUCAUCAGAUGACAUUGUUUCAACUUGGUCUUGCCAUAUUCACUGCUUUUCUAUUCAAACUCAUCAGUGAACAAACCGAACUGUGUGUCACUUGUCUACAUGCUAAUCGAUACAAGCAAGAAUUGAGCAAGAUGAUUGGCAUGUUUGUCUCCACAUUACCCUAUCGCAUUCCGUUCAAUGCUACCGAUUCUUUCCAACAACUCGCAGAAAAAGUGCGAGACCAGUGUCUAUCAGUUCUUGAGCAUUCACAUUAUCCACUUCAGCACAUUUUGGCUGACUCGCAAAAACAACAAUUGUCAAACAGUUUCCUAGAGACUGCAUACGACCUUUUAACUGUGACUUCGGACGAUGACAAGUUGAAUUUUGAUGGAACUGAAGCCAAGCAUGUUUCAUUAUCUGAAGAAUAUGAAGCAACCAAGUUCGAUUUCAUGUUAAUGGGCUUUUACAAUCCAUCGGCAUCACGCAAUAUAAUUUCAUUUUCGCUCAUCUGUGCAAGUGAUCUCUUCAACCAAUCUACCGUUGAAAUAUUGGCUCGUCGGUUUUCAUCAGUUACCAAUCAAUUGUUUGGGUCAGAAUUGUUGUCAUCUCCGUCAAAAUCGCUCUAUCAACUAUCUAUCAUGCUACCUGAAGAUUUGAAAGCCAUCGAAGCUUUGAAUUGUAGUAGCCACAAUACAAAACAACUUCUCAGCAACAACAUUGUCGAACGAUUCAAUCAAAGGGCUUCAAUGCAUCCACAAAAGAUGGCAGUUGAACUCGAUAAUCAAUCUCUCACAUAUGGCGAACUACUUUAUCACGCACAGUAUCUUGCUCUUCGUCUUCUUGAGAAGUACAAUAUCAAGCCAGGUUACAUUAUUUGCCAGUGUAUGGAACGCAGUAUAUCAAUGGUUAUUGGUAUUAUGGCAAUCGAGAUGUGUGGAGCAAUCUAUUGUUCAUUAUCUCCUGAUGAUCCACAGGAGCGUCUCCAAAAAAUCAUUGAAAAAACGCAACCUCAUCUUGCACUUUUCCAUGCCACAACACUAGAUAAAAUGAAUCUGUUGGAUACCAAAAUACAGAUCGAGUCGUUUGAUAAUACCUAUGAUUUGUCUGGUGGCAUCAAUCUGGAUAGACUCUCAGCUAAUAUGAUUACAGGCGAAAGUAUAGCUUAUGCUAUCUUCACAAGUGGUUCAACUGGUACACCAAAAGCAGUCCGAAUAAGACAUCAGAAUUUCAUUAGCUGCAUCGAUUCUCUUGUUAGUAUUGGUCUAUUCAGUGAAGAAGAUAUAAUAACGCAAAUGGCUCAAUGCUCAUUUGAUGUUCAUACACAAGAAAUCAUUGGAACUUUGAUCAUUGGUGCGACUAUCAUUAUGCUGCAUCCUCAUGGGACCAAAGAUCUAGAAUAUCUUAUUAGUGAACUAAGACAAAAACAAGUUACGUACAUCCAAAUGGUACCAGCAUUCAUAAACUUUCUUAUAGAUAAUUGUCAAUAUCACGAUAACCUGGUAUUGCCCACCAUUCGCACAAUUGACAUCGGUGGAGAAAUUGUUUAUACAUCAUUAAUUCGUAAAUUACGACCUCUAUUUGAUAAAAAUACUCACGUAUACAACUCAUACGGACCAGCUGAGACAACAGUAGAUUGUACAUGCCAUUACAUAGAGAUCGAAAGCGAUGGGCAAACUGUUCCAAUCGGACAACCACUUCCACACUGUGAAUGUUUUCUUGUUGAUCAGUAUUUACAGAAUGUUAUUGUUGACCAAGAAGGUGAAUUGCUUGUUGGUGGUUGCAGUGUCUUUGCCGGUUACCUUGGACGAGAAGACUUAACAUCAAAAGCGCUAGUUAACAUAGAUGGGCAACUUUUUUAUCGUACAGGGGAUCUUGUGCGGCUAAGCAAGAAUAGUCUUCUAUAUUAUGUUGGACGAAUAGAUUACCAAAUUAAAUUACACGGUCAGCGCAUAGAAGUGGCUGAGAUCGAACAAUGUGUGAUCAAAGCACCAGGUCAAGUACGAGGUUGCGUGGUUAUCAAGUACGGUAAUCACAAUCUAGUGGCGUAUGUUGAAGGUAGUAGUCUCAAAAAAGAGAAAUUACGUGGCCAUUGUCGUUCUAAUCUUCCAUCGUUUAUGAUUCCUUCGGAAUUCAUUCUUCUCGACCGAUUCCCAUUGAAUGCGAAUGGAAAAAUAGAUCGUUCACAAUUUCCUACACCAAACUUAUCAGUAUGUUCAACUGAUCCAGCAGAACAGCAUCAAGAACCAAUCGGGGAACUCGAAAUACUUAUCCAUAAGCUAUGGUGUGAACUUCUAAAUUGUUCUCGAAUCUCAAGGUACGAGAACAUAUUCAGUAUUGGUGGUCAUUCAUUACUGCUAAUGAAACUAUAUCAACAUUAUAAGAGAUCAUUCGAAUUUGAUUCGCACAUUCUCGGAAUCGCUCAGUUUUUUCAGCAUCCAACUCUGGCUAAUCAUGCUGGUCUUAUUGAACAAGCAACUAAAAAACAAUGUAAUGACUUUAAUUCUUCAUUUAAAUCACAUAGAAAUUCCGGAAGCACAUUGUCCGCACCAGAGACGCUGGUAACAUGCGAUGUAAAUAGCCGUUACAAUCCUUUCCCAUUGACCAAUAUCCAGCAAGCCUACUUGAUUGGACGUAUUGGAGUUUUUGAACUUGGCCAUGUGUCUUGUUAUGGCUAUGAAGAAUAUGAUUGCCCAACACUAAAUAUAGAGAGAUUUGAAACAGCGCUGAAUCAAAUUAUCCAACGACACGAAGCACUACGACUCAUCUUUCCAUCGGAAAGUGAACAACAGAUCCUUGAACAUGUGCCAUAUUAUAGAAUUCAUAUUGUAGAUCUCAGGGAUCAAUCAGAAGAAUAUGUAUAUAACCAGCUUGAAAUAGAGAGAAAUCGUCUUUCCCAUCAAGUCUUGCCUGCUGAAAAAUGGCCAUUGUUUAAUUUUCAAAUUACGCUUUGGGAUUACCAACAUCUGCGCCUACAUGUCGGCUUUGACGCUCUUCUAAUGGACUGGACAGGUUAUCAUUUGAUGUGGUAUGAAUUAUGUCUACUUUAUCUAAAUAAUAAUACUAUUUUACCGACGCUAAGAUUUUCUUUUCGUGACUAUAUUUUGGCAGAACAGGAACUUCGCAAAUCGUCCAGAUACGAAAAUGAUAAAAAAUAUUGGUUGAAUCGCUUGAAGACAUUUCCUUCUGGACCAAAUAUGCCAAUGAAAACGUUACCGAGUCAAAUAGAGAAUCAAAAGUUUGCCCGCCUUUCGAAAUUUAUAGACGUACACAGCUGGAAUAUGAUCAGAGAACGAACGAUUGGGCUCAAACUGUCUCCAACCGGCGUCUUAGCAGCUGUGUAUGCAAUAAUACUGGCAAGAUGGAGCCAACAAAAUCAUUUUUCUUUGAAUUUACCUAUUUUCAACAGAAUACCUAUGCAUCCAGAUAUUGACAAUAUUAUUGGUGAUUUUACGUCCGUUGUUACACUUGAGAUCAAUUUAGAGAAAAGUGAACAAACAACUUUUGUUGAACAAGUGCGCACAAUUCAGACGCAGUUAUGGGAAGACUUUGAUCAUGCAAGUUUCAGUGGAGUUGCUUUCAUCAAUGAACUUAAGCGAUCUAAUCAUAGUCAAGAAAUACUUCUACCAAUCGUGCUCACGUGUGUUAUAGAUGCCACUAGUGAUGAUCGAAAUAAAUCUAUGUUUCUUGCUGAACAUCUUUUUCACGAUCCACCAAUAUAUGCUAUAGCUCAGACACCGCAAGUAUUUCUAGAUAAUCAAAUCUAUGAAGAAAUAGACGGGAGACUAGGAAUUGUGUGGGAUUAUGUUGAUGAGUUAUUUCCAACAAACAUGAUAAAUGAUAUGCACAAUGCAUUUAUCGAUCUUCUUCAUCAUCUCGCAUCAUCGGAUGAAAGUUGGCAUCAGCCCUACAAAUUUUCUCUUAGUCUCAGUCAGCAAGAACAUCGGUUUGCAUUUAAUUCUACCAAAUGGGAUACUCGUAGACGGGAUACUCUACUUCAUGAAUUAAUUAUCGAACAAGCAGAGCGCACACCUCAUGCUUUAGCUGUUCUAUCAUCACGUAGAACUUUUACUUAUCGAGAAUUGAUGAGCCGUGUCUAUUCUAUGGCAAAUUAUUUACAUCAGCAAAUGGCGACACAUCAUCAAUUUAUCGCAAUUCUAAUGGAGAAAGGUUGGGAACAAAUAGUAGCUUGCUUGGCUAUUUUAAUGUGUGGAGUUGCUUAUUUACCACUUGACAUUGAUUCUCCUGACGACCGAAUAUCUUGUUUGAUCGAAGAAAGUAAUGUAAAAAUAAUUCUUACACAAUCUAAUCAACAGCGCAAAUUCGACCAUUUGUCUUGCAUAUCAGUGGAUACAUUUCUGACUGAGGACUGCUAUUCUACCACAUUUUUCGUAAAAAAUCAAAAGGCAACUGAUUUGGCAUAUGUUAUUUACACAUCUGGUUCAACUGGAAGACCAAAAGGAGUUAUGAUUAGUCAUGAAUCUGUUAUCAACACAAUUCUUGAUAUCAAUUCUCGACUGGAUAUUAAUGACACUGAUCGAAUAUUUGCGUUAUCUCAUUUGAACUUUGAUUUGUCCGUUUAUGAUAUAUUUGGAGCCUUGAGUGCAGGUGCAACUGUUGUCAUACCCGAUCAUCACGAUUACAAAAAUCCAAGUCAUUGGUAUGAAUUAAUUCUUGAACAUCGGGUAACAAUUUGGAAUAGUGUACCUAUGUUGAUGCAAAUGCUAGUCGAAUUUUUGCAUGAUAAAAGUAGUAGCAACCAACUGCGACAUAUUUUAUUAAGUGGAGACUGGAUACCAAUAUCCUUGCCAAAAUCAAUAAAAACAACAUUUGGUAAUGACGUCAUAAUUACAAGCUUAGGUGGCGCUACAGAAGCUUCCAUUUGGUCUAUAGCUUAUACACUACCUGAAAAUAUACCAACCGAAUGGAAAUCAAUUCCAUAUGGAACACCACUACGUAAUCAGCAUUACUAUGUUUAUGACUCUGAUCUAAGUGAUUGUCCUGAAUGGGUCACUGGUGAAUUAUAUAUCGGUGGUAUUGGUCUGGCCAAAGGCUAUUGGAAAGAUGAGAAAAAGACCAAUGCUAGUUUCAUUACCCACCCUCACACUAGUGAACGGCUUUAUCGAACUGGAGAUUAUGGACGUUUCGUUCCAGAUGGCUAUAUUGAAUUUAUUGGAAGAACCGAUUUCCAAGUGAAAUUACACGGAUAUCGAAUAGAACUAGAAGAUAUUGAAUAUAAUCUCCAACAGCAUCCAGAUAUUAAUCAAGCAUUCGUAACUUUCGAUAAACAAUCACAUAAUCUAAUUGGUUAUGUUUUACCUUACAACCAUGCUUCUCAACAACACCACUACAAUAUAUCAGAAAAUUUUAUCAAGAAUUCAAAUGAAUGUACCGGUUUAAAAUCUGCAAGACAUAACUAUUUGAAUUCAAAAACUUUAAAAAAGAGAUUCUACUUGAGAAGACCCGAGCAAACCGAAGAGUUGGUAGAUACUUAUUUCGCUCGCAAAAGCUAUCGACAGUUUACAAAUCAGCCGAUUACAAUUUUAGAAGUUGAAAUGUUAUUAAAAUCGAUUAUUCCAUUAAAUAAACCCACAUUUCCAUCGUCUCCAACAUUGUGUGACUAUGAUAGUUUGAGUCGACUUCUGGCUGCUUUAACUAGCUUAAUACUUCCUGACCGAACUUUACCAAAGUAUCGUUAUGCAUCCGCUAGAAGUCUCUAUCCUAUACAAGUUUUUGUUGAAUUCUCUUCAAAGAUAGAUAAUAUAGAGCCUGGUUUUUAUUAUCAUAAUCCUGAUGAACACUCUCUCGAGAAUAUAGGUGAAGACAACUAUGAUUGUUCGUAUGAUCAUCUCAACAAUGACAAUGGUAUUCGAUUUCAUUUGGUUGGAAGACAAUCGGCUAGUCUGUCUUUAUAUGUUGAAGAAUCAGUCUCAGCAUUAUGCUUACUAGAAACUGGAUAUAUUUUUGGUUUAUUAGAGAAAACAGCUCUUACCAUGGGAUGGCACUUUGAACAAGUAUAUAGCGUUGAUAGAGAAAAGUACUCGCCAUUCAUAAAUUUGCAUACAAAUGAUACACAUUCUUGUUUCUCUCUUAAGUGUUCAGUUGUGAUGGAUGAAGAAACCGUGGAGCCAAAACUUAGUGAUUUUCCUUCAUGUUAUCUUUGUUUUCGAUCUUCAUACAGUCAAAAUGUUGAUAAAAAUCAAUGGUAUGUGCUCGAAAAUCAUACAGCAAAACUAAAAAAACUUUCUUGCUACUCUACGAAACAUAAUCUCUCGCAACAUAAGUCACUUGUUUUAACUGAAACUGAUGCCAUAUUUAUGAGUUGUCAAGUUGCUUUAUUUAUUGUUAGUCAAGCGAACCAAUAUAUAGAAGCAGGAAAGAUUGGACAUUUUUUGAUGGAUGCAGGAAUUCAAAAGAAUGACACGGACAAUAAUGGUUACAAUAUUGGAAUGUGUCCCAUCGAGACUUGUUCUAAUUUAUGUGAUAAAUCAGUACUAAAUACAUUAGAUGAAAUUCUUACUUUCAAACCCCAUUCCAAGCUAUUGCAUACAAUUUUUAUUGGAAAAAUAGGUGAAGAUCAGAAAAGAGACAAAAUAAUAUCGAGUUCAAAUAAGGAAAUACAUUUGAUACAAAUGUUACAAAAAUAUCUAGCCACCAAGUUACCUUCCUAUAUGAUACCGUCUUUAUUUGUCAAAUUAAAUGAGAUCCCUAUCAGUUCGAACGGAAAAGUUGAUAGAAAAUGUUUACCAAAGCCAGACUAUUCAAAAUUACGAUAUUCUGAUACUACUUCUAUGAUAAUUUCUAGUCCACUUGAGACACAAAUACAAUCGAUUUUUUCUCGCGUUCUUGGUAAAGAAUCUCCAGCCAUAAAUGUAUCGUUCGGUCAACUGGGAGGUACUUCAUUAGAUGCAAUAAGAAUUGUGUCAAUAAUUCGAGAAGAAAUUCAUGAAAACGUUAACAUCGGUAUUUUGUUGUCGAAUCCAUCAGUGCACCAAUUGGCUGAAGUCAUUAACAGAUUACCGGUUAGAAAAGAAGUUUCUGCAGAUGCAAUGCCAGAUCCGUCAGAAGAAAAACGAAUUCAACCGAAACCAUCUGUGUUAGUUGAAACUUGCGGGAUUUUGUUUCUCGCAUGCCAGUGGUUAUUUCCGUUCUGGAUGACACAUAAGCUCCCGAAUAUGUAUUUUCUUCUUUUUGUGCCUAUCUUUCACCUAAUAUCAUACGUCGCGUUUCGAUUGAUUCUAUUUGGAAACGAUCAAAUUCAGAAUGAAACUGAUAAUUUAUAUUCAGGGAGAUAUUAUCGUUGGUGGUUUUUAGAUCGUCUUUGGUCAAUCAACAAUACAUAUUGGUUACAGCAUCUACUAGGUACACAAUUUUACAAUUAUUAUUUGCGACUAUGUGGUGCCAAAAUCAGUUCUCAUGCUCAUAUUUAUACAACAGCAAUUGAUGCUCCAUGGUUACUCGAAAUUGGGGAUUCGACGUACAUUGGCAGCGAGACAUUAUUGUCUGUUCUGUCGUUGUAUGAUCAAUCAUAUAGACUCCAAAAGAUUAGCAUUGGAUGCAAUUGUUCCAUUGGCACUCGUUGUGUAUUAUAUGAAGGGGUUAAGAUGUCAGAUGGUGUGUUUAUAGAGCCUAUGACUUCCAUAACCGGUAAUAUCCUCCCUUCCGCUAUUGGUUUAUCAAUCGAGAGCAGAGCUCUAGCAUGGCAUCACAUAAUCUAUCAAUUUAUUUGUCUGGUGUGCCUUGGCUAUAUUCAUUUAAUUCUUCUGAAUGUAACCCUCCUGGUUUAUACAUCCUAUGCACCACUCAAGAUAGCACUGCCUAUCUAUCUUGCCUUUAUUUGGCUUUUUUGGAGCCUUUCUGGCCUUUUCGUAGUUAUAGCUUUGCUUAAGUUUGCUGUAGGUUCAACAAAACCUGGUCAGUAUAGAAUAAAUUCCUGUUACUAUUUACAUAAAUUGUGGCUUCGCCAAUUGAUUAUAUCGUCUUUUCAACAUUCUAUAAAAGUCUUACCCGUAUAUAGUACACUAUCAAAUUAUUUACUUCGGUGGUUAGGCGCUGAUAUUGAAGAUGAUGUGAAAUUAGCAGAAUUGCAACCACUAUUGUAUUUUCCAUCAAAUCUUCUCAAACUUAAUCAUGGCGUAACAACAUUUUCUGCAGUUAUGUUCGUUCCGCUAGAGUUGAUGCAAUCAGGACACUGUUUUCUUGACCAAAUAGUUCUUGGACAGGCAGCGAAUCUUGGAAACUAUUGUACAAUUAUGCCGGGUACAAAGCUUCGUGAGAACAAGGUCGUCGGAUCUUUGACUUUAAUAAACAAAGAUACAAAAUACUUUGAUACUAGUAAGGUCUUACUAGGUAUUCCAGGUCGUUCCGUAUCUUUUGCAAUCACCAAUGAUGCACUUUACAGCGACAAUUCAUUAUCAUUGGAGUCACCUUGUCUUUUCGAUCUGUUCGCUGCAUGUAUGUUUUUCUUUAUAGGCAAGAGUAUUUUAAUUGUUAUUUACUGGUUUCUGGCGGCUCCUACUGCACUUUUUGCGCAAAUAACUUUAUUCUGUGUACUGCAACGCUAUAGAACAUUCAAUCAAAGGAUACUUGGAAAGUUUGCGUAUUCAGAAAUAGUCAAUCCUAUCACAUCACUUAUCAAUAGCAUUACAGAUGAUUUUGAUCGUUUUAUAGCACCAUUCAUUUGUCGGACACAAUUUCUGGUUUUUCUAUAUCGUGCGUUAGGUGCUCGAAUUGGUCACGAUGUUAUUUUAUCAGAUAGACAAUGUCUGACUGAUCCUCAGCUUGUGACCAUUGGAGAUCAUGUCCGUUUCAACACGGGAGCUUGCAUUCAGUGUCACACAUUUGAACAGCGUGUCUUCAAAGUAGCACCAGUCACAAUUCAUCAUUCAAGUGUUCUCAUGAGUGCUUCAUUGGUGUUCCCUGGAUCAACACUCGAUGGACGAAACCGUCUUUUUCCGCUUACAUUGGUAUUGAAAAGUGAUCGGCUACCUUACAAUACUCACUGGUCAGGAGUUCCAGCUCAACAAAUACAAUAA